GGAGAGGAGGGGGCAAAUCUUUCUUCCAUCUGCCAGUUCCUCCUUCCUGUUUUACCUUCUCUCCCUCUUCGCGAGUCGAGCACGGGCGCGGCGCUCUGUUAGGGCUCCAGGCGCCCCCUCCCGACAUGGCCCCUUCCCCAGAGCAGCCUCGCCGCCCUUCCACCUUGCUCCCGUGGUUUUAGUGGGGCGCUGGCCCGGGCCUGUCUCCUCGCCUGGCUCAAACUGUACAAGAGGCACCGCAGCCAGAGAGCUGGCGGGCCCCGCCCCGGGCUGUCCGGCCUCUGGAGUUGCAAAGCGCUCGCAAUAGCUCUCCCGAGGAGGAGGAACUCGGGGAAAGGCAAAUCGCCUCCGUUUGCUCAGGAAAGCGCAGGAUGCUCCACGGAACGCGGGUCAUCCGCACCGAAGCCAGCAGUUGGGGCGCUCACAGCUCUUCUGCUCCGCCGCCCGUUCCCCAUGGGCUACUCGACAGAGGAUACGCGGGCUCUUGCUCAGCCAUGCUGAAAGUGGCCCAAAUGUUACUGCUGCUGGUUGGAUUCAUUUGCAUAAGAUCUUCACAAUGGACAAACCACAGUGCUUACAGCUACUUUGAAAUUGUCUGCAUAUGUGACUUAAUUAUGAUUUUCAUCUUUUACAUGAUCUACGUCUUUAGAGCUUAUCGAAUGCUGACUUGCAUCAGCUGGCCACUUGCAGAGUUUCUCCAUUACCUAAUAGGUACUAUUCUGCUUCUGAUUGCGUCCAUUGUGGCAGCUGCAAAAAGCUCCAAUUCAGCAGGACUGGUGGCUGGAGCGGUCUUUGGUUUCUUGGCUACAUUUAUGUGCCUCCUAAGCAUAUGGCUCUCUUACAAAGUCUCUUGUAACACUCAGUCGGCAGAUGCUGCAGUGUGAGUCUUUUGCUACUUCAAGAAGUGCACACCUGUUGAGAGAAGAGCUUGCAAAAACAUGCAAGAUGGAACUGUAUACUGGUAAAAUACAAUAGCCUGGCCUCA